GUUUCUUUUGUAGCGUGCUCUUCAGGAUCCAAAUGUGGCUGCGUUCAUGGUAGAGCCAAUUCAGGGUGAAGCAGGCGUUGUUGUUCCGGAUCCUGGUUACCUACUGGGUGUGCGAGAGCUCUGCACCAGGCACCAGGUUCUGUUUAUUGCUGAUGAAAUACAGACAGGAUUGGCCAGAACUGGUAGAUGGCUGGCUGUUGAUCAUGAAAAUGUCAGACCUGAUAUAGUCCUCCUUGGAAAGGCCCUUUCUGGGGGAUUAUAUCCCGUGUCUGCGGUGCUGUGUGAUGAUGACAUAAUGCUGACCAUUAAGCCAGGGGAGCAUGGGUCCACAUACGGUGGCAAUCCACUAGGCUGCCGAGUGGCCAUCGCAGCCCUUGAGGUUUUAGAAGAAGAAAACCUUGCUGAGAAUGCAGAAAAAAUGGGCAUUAUCUUGAGAAAUGAACUCAUGAAGCUGCCUUCUGAUGUUGUAACUGCCGUGAGAGGAAAAGGAUUAUUGAAUGCUAUUGUUAUUAAAGAAACCAAAGAUUGUGAUGCUUGGAAGGUGUGUCUGCGACUUCGAGAUAAUGGACUUCUGGCCAAGCCGACCCAUGGCGACAUCAUCAGGUUUGCGCCUCCGCUGGUGAUCAAGGAGGAUGAGAUCCUAGAGUCCAUUGAAAUUAUUAACAAGACCAUCUUGUCUUUCUGAGGGUAGCCAGCUGUUUUCAGUGGUCGCUGGGAGCCAGCUGCAGACAGGUGGUCCUGUGAAAGCUUUGUUAUCAGUGCGGGCACAUUUCACUCCCAUGAGUCUUCAAAAACUUUUUUUUGAAUAUAUGUUUUUUUCAGUUUAUACGUAAUAGAACAAUGUUUAUGAACCUGCCAUUUGCUUUGUAAUGUAACUAAGAGAAUGUAUUGACAUCUGUAUUCAGUGAAAGUGUGUUGAUAUGCGUGUGUACUUUCUAAGGGGAAACACAUCUAUAUACAGACAGCCUUUAAAUCAAGUCCUUCAGUGUAAUUUAUACAUGUUUUUAUAAUUUCCUUGCUGGUAUAAGUGUUUUGUAUUUGAAAAAGUUAUCUCUGGGAUAUUACAUAAAAGGCUUCACCUUAUAAAGUGAAAUCAUGGUUAUAAAAUCUUAGGAAGGAUUAGUGGCUAGCAUGUAUAAAUAGUGACAUUAAGUAAACUUCAUAACGGCCAGCACCAGGGUUGUAUUCUAUGGAUGUCAUUAUUUUCAAUUAAGAAUUAGUGUUUAACAUUCCUAAAUUGUUUUGGUGCUUGAUUAUCAAAAAUGUUUAUUUUAAACAUUUCUUUGAAUUUAAAAUAAAGCUUAUAUUUCAGA